AUGAGGUUCGGCCAGCAACUUAAGCAAUCGCUCAACAAGCAGUGGGUCUUCUACUACAUCGACUAUGAAGGCCUGAAGAACUCGCUGCGCGUCCAUCAUGUCUGGGACGAAAAGUCGGAGCAGAGCUUCGUCGAGCAGCUUGAGAAGGAGCUUGACAAGGUCUACACGUUCCAGCGCGUCAAGGCCGAGGAAAUCAUUCGUCGCAUCGCAGCAUCCGAGAAGGAGGUCAACGAUGCAGUCGCGCGCGCCCAGCAGGAUCCUGCGAACCCCGACAAGUACGAGGAGGACUUUGACCUGCUCGAGGAAGACCUGAGCGACAUCAUCGCCGAUGUCCACGACCUCGCCAAGUUUACCCAACUCAACUACACGGGCUUCCAGAAGAUCAUCAAGAAACAUGACAAAAACACCAGCUGGUUCCUCAAGCCCGUCUUCGCCGCCCGCCUCAAGCGCAAGCCUUUCUUCCAAGACAACUACGACUCGUACGUCGUCAAGCUAUCGAAGCUCUACGACAUUGUUCGUACCCGCGGAAACCCAGUCAAGGGCGAUUCUUCAGCAGGAGGAAAGCAGCAGAACUUUGUGCGACAGACCACCAAGUACUGGGUGCACCCAGACAACAUCCUCGAGCUGAAGCUCAUCAUCCUCAAGCACCUGCCUGUGCUCGUCUUCAACCCUAACAAGGAGUUCAACGAGGAGGACGCUGCUAUUACAUCCAUCUACUUUGACAACACAGAAACAUGGGAGCUGUAUGAAGGUCGUCUGAAGAAAACCGAGGGUGCGGAGGCUAUCCGACUACGUUGGUAUGGAGGCAUGUCAAGCGACACCAUCUUCAUUGAACGCAAGACGCAUCGCGAAGACUGGACAGGAGAAGAGUCUGUCAAGGCACGAUUCAAGCUCAAAGAGAAGAACGUCAACGCAUACCUUCGUGGUGAGCUUAGGCCAGAACAGAUUUUUGAAAAGGAACGCCGGGAACAAAAGCGACCAGAGAAGGACAUUGCCUCCGACGAGCAGCUGGCACGAGAGAUCCAGUACCGUGUGCUUACCCGCAAGCUCGAGCCCGUCACACGAUCCUUCUACCACCGAACUGCCUUUCAACUUCCUGGAGACGCUCGUGUUCGUAUCUCACUUGACACUGAGCUUACCAUGACCCGUGAGGACAACCUGGACGGAAAGGUCCGUUCUGGUGACAACUGGCGCCGUACCGACAUUGGUGUCGACUGGCCUUUCAAGCAGCUACCCAAGGAAGACAAGGAGCUCUUCCCCUAUGCUGUCCUCGAAGUUAAACUGCAGACACAGGCCGGAGGUGAGCCACCGCAAUGGAUUAGGGACCUUACUUCGUCGCAUCUGGUCGAGGCUGUACCCAAGUUCUCCAAGUACAUUCACGGCACAGCCACGCUCAACCCUAAGCGCAUCCACUUGCUUCCAUACUGGUACCCCCAGAUGGAUGUCGAUAUCCGCAAGCCUGUCAGUCACAACUUUGGUAUUGAACGACCGGGUGCGAGCAACGACAUCAGCACUAGCGGCAACCUGGAUGAUGAUGACAGUGAGGACGAGGAUCUUGCCGCUGGCCUCCCCUCUUCCAAUGGCAACCAGGAUGAUGAUCGAUUGAGGAGGCUGCGCGAAGUUAGAGACACCAUGGAACAGAAUGAGAUGGCAAGAGCCCGUGAUUAUGGCACUCUAACCAACGCCAACGAUCCCAACGUGCUUGAUAUCGAAGAGCGAGUUGCCGCUAGACGCACAACAGACAAUGAUUACCCUAUCUACGAUUCGGACAGCGAUGAUGAAGACGACGACUUUGAAGCUGCCAGGAGAGAGGGAGGUCUCCGUUAUGCCCGAAAGUGGGUUGAGCGCACCGCCUCGAACGUAGGCAAUGCAGUUCUCAACACGGUUGUCGCCAUUAUCCCAAAGCCAACACCUACUGAUGUUGGCGAUGGAGGCUUCACACUCGGUGUACCCAGCUGGAAGCAGCGCGGAGAGGUGAAGCGCUUCAAGGCUCCAAAGGGCAAGCGUAUUCACGUCCCUGUCCGUGUUGAGCCCAAGGUACAGCUAGCCACUGAGCGUACCUUUCUCUCCUGGCUGGAAUUCUCCAUCCUCAUUGGUUCCAUUGCCGCCACGCUCCUCAACUUUGGUGACUCACUCGCUUUCGCUGCUGCAUGGGCGUUCACCAUCAUUGCCUGCCUGGCCCUGUGCUACAGCGCUGGACUGUACAUUUGGCGUGUUAACAAGAUCAAAGAAAGGAGGGCAGUGACUUAUCAUGAUCGAUGGGGUCCUACGCUGCUUUGCCUUGGUCUGUUUUGCGCAGUCGCUGUUAGCUUUGGGUUCCGACUUGGUAGGGGUGGUGACCACGGAAGUCUCAAGGGUGGGAUGAAGGGUUAG